AUGCGCCCCGGGCCGCCCCGCGCCGCGCUCCGCCUGUGGCUGGGCUGCGUCUGCCUCGCGCUGGUGCAGGCGGACAGCCCCUCGGCCCCAGUGAAUGUCACUGUCAGGCACCUCAAGGCCAACUCUGCAGUGGUGAGCUGGGACGUCCUGGAGGAUGAGGUUGUCAUCGGAUUUGCCAUCUCUCAGCAGAAGAAGGACGUGCGGAUGCUGCGCUUCAUCCAGGAGGUGAACACCACCACCCGCUCGUGCGCCCUCUGGGACCUGGAAGAGGACACCGAGUACAUUGUGCACGUGCAGGCCAUCUCCAUUCAGGGCCAGAGCCCAGCCAGCGAGCCAGUGCUCUUCAAGACCCCUCGUGAGGCUGAGAAGAUGGCGGCCAAGAACAAAGAUGAAGUGACCAUGAAGGAGAUGGGGAGGAGCCAACAGCUGCGAACCGGCGAGGUGCUGAUCAUCGUGGUGGUCCUGUUCAUGUGGGCUGGCGUCAUCGCCCUCUUCUGCCGCCAGUAUGACAUUAUCAAGGACAACGAACCCAAUAACAACAAGGAGAAGACCAAGAGUGCGUCGGAAACCAGCACACCAGAGCACCAGGGCGGAGGUCUUCUCCGCAGCAAGUUUCCAAACAAGCCCUCGGUGAACAUCAUCGAAGCAUGACUGCCUGUCUGCAGGGAGAAGGAUUUCAUUUUUCUUCUCUGCUGUCCCCGGGUCCAUGGGCACCCGGACGGGGAGGACUGCGGAUGGGGGGAGGCACAGCCGGCCGCACCGUUGGCACUCUUCCCCAUCCUAGUCUGCUGAAGGAAACCGAACUGUGAACCCAAAAUCUGCAAAAAAUAAACAAGCCACAAAACUAAAAGGCCUGGCCCCAUUCUGGAAAAGGCAAAGCUGCAUGAGACCCAGCCUUCUUUCUGCCUCCUCGCCUCUUCUGGACUGGCUUCCUCUUUGAGACAAUGCACAGAGCUCCCGGGAGAUGACAAGCACCUAGACUGACUUCAGCUGUGUCUUUCAGACUGAGAGCCUUCAGGAAAGCCACAGGGCAGGAGCACGGCUGCCAGCAAGCCUUUCCUGGAUCCAGCCAUCAAGGACUUGCAGUGUGAUGCACAACUUUGCGAGUGUGUAAGAUGUUAUGUUUUGUCUCUUUGGAAAAUGUGACGGAAGGGCUUCACUCCAGAGGGCAGAGGAAUUCCCCAAGCUGGUUGCCCGCAGCCUCUGUCUUCUUUGGCCCUUAUUUUGACCCUUAACGUAGUCUGCAGUCUUAAGAAGACGAGGUAGGAAAGAGACCUGGACGGUACUGGCCCCAUUUCUUUAGGAAGAGUCUUGGAAUUGUGACAGUGUUGGCUUACAUGACUGAAAAGGUGUGUCCGCAUGGGACAUCCUGGGGGCUGCUAAAUCACCCGCUCUGGAAUGGAAGCUGCUAGAAGGCAGGCCUGAGCCAUUUACCACAGACAGAGCAGCCCUGGCCUCCGGGGUCUCCAUAUCUUGCCAUCUCAUCCAGGGUUCUGUGAAAGCUACCCAGGGUCCUCAUGUCCUUCCCUAGAGCCUGAGUGGUGUGAGGUGACAGGUCUCUCUCUCCACUGCCCCUUUCUGGCAAACAAAACAAAACAAAACAAAAAUGGUGCUUGACAAGGGAAGGCAGACUCUUCCCUAGGACUGCAAGUUACAGCCGCUGAAUGCCUGCGUGAGAAGAGAUGGGCCUCUGCGUCUUCCAUUGGUGGCUAAGGACGGGCAUGUGGGAGGACCACACCUAGCACAAGCCUGGCACACAGUAGGCGCUCAGUGAAUACCUGCUGAACUGAAUGGUAAGAGCAGUGGCCCCCAAGCCAGAGAGCUGAAAGCCAUCACCCAAAGACCGGCCCCACCAUCCGGUCUAUAAGAGCUCUCGUGGCUAGGCCAGCCACUGCUCUGCUUCGCCCUGGUGUGGCAGCACAGGGAGGGAGGAGAGACAGGGUGAAAGGCAGAUGUCAGCAAUACUAAGGGCUUCCUCAUGGGAGGGCAUGAGGCUCCACUCAUUGUCUUGUGACUUCCAUCCCUGCUGAAUGGGACUGCAAGGCCAAGGCUGCUUAGGGGAGAGGUCCUUACCUCUGAUUCAGUUAGAGCAAUAACCUCUUUUUAAAUGUAAAAUAAAAGACAAAUGAA